UGUGCGGGUAAAGAUAUGUCGUCUGGGUGAAAGAAGGAGGCCCCAGUUUGACUCCAGGAUACAGAGAAGGUAGGUAAUGUGCGGGUAAAGAUAUGUUGACUGGGUGAAAGAAGGAGGCCCCAGUUUGACUCCAGGAUACAGAGAAGGUAGGUAAUGUGCAGGUAAAGAUAUGUUGUCUGGGUAAUGGCAGGAAGCACCAGCAUGUAUGGGUGAAAAAGAAGCACCAGUGUGACCCCAGGAUGCAGGGAAGGUAGGUAAUGUGCAGGUAAAAAUAUGUUGAAUGGGUAAAGGCAGGAAACACCAGCAAAAGUCGGUUGCAGCUUUAAUUAUUAUUAUUAUUUAUAUUAUUGAUGUUUUAAAUUAUUAUUAUCUCUUAUGGUUUGAGCGUAAGACAUGCAGGGAUUACUUUGACAACCAUCAUCUGGAGUGCAAAGUGGCACAACACCCGCACCAAAGACCCCCGUAUGCCCUAAUUGGCAUGAAGCUCCUUUUAGAAAUAAAAACAAAACGUUUUUAGCUUUUGUGUUGCACACACGACUGUGGAGUCAGACGUGAGGAGAGUGGACAGCGGCAACGUUUUGAGGCCACAAAAGCUGGCAAAGUUCCUCACAAUUUCCCACUUGCUAUUUUAUCUCUCCCAUCCCGUCUUGCGGGCCUCUCCCCCGCCCCUCGCGGGGAAAAGUGGCACACUCCCAAGCAUAUGGCCCCCCCGCCCAGCAACAUGUGUUAAUGUUGAUUGAUUGACGCUGCACUAUUAGACUAAUGCUAGCAUUAGCACGCUUUCAUCAGCUUAGCUCGCAGUUUUACCAAAAUUAGGGAAGAGCGAAAAGUGAUUAGAUCAACACGGGCCCAGCUCGCUUUAUACUGUCUGUUUAUCGACAGUCUACGUACUAAAAUGUAGCAUAGAGGUACACAAUUAAAUAAGGUGUUAUAAACGUUAAAGUACAACAUUUCCUCUGAGGCGUUUUAUUCGUUUUUGUUUUUCCAGGCAUCAAUUGUAGCGUACAAAUUGUUUAUUGGACCAGGAUUGUCAGGUUUUCCCUUGACAGUUUGUCUAUGUUUUAGUUUUUUCCUCUGCAUUUGUCUUUGUUUCCUCUGUGUUUGGUAUCCUCUGUCUUUAGUUCCUGUCAAGUGCUCUUAUUUUGACUGAUUGCGACUGAUUGGCACCUGACCACACCUGGUGUCAAUCAGCCCGCUCCUAUUUGUACCUGCUUUGUCUUCCAGUCAGUGCUGGAUCAUUGUCGUUGCCACAUGUCUCUCCUGUCGUUGCUAUCGUGUCGUUUUAUUGCAGCGUAGCGGUAAGCUACAUUCGUUUGUUUGUAACUGACUGUUUUUGUUCCCUGCUUCUGUUUUGUUUUCACUCUACAAGUAACAACUUCUGUUUUCCUGUUUGCAACCUGCUAGCUUCCACGCUAGGCCCUUUUUCGUUUCUUGCUAGCUUCUAUGCUAAAGACCCUUAGUUUGUUAUCCGCCUCGUGCGCGCUUUGCGUUAGUACCCUUUUGUUUGAUUUUGUCGUAGUAUCUUUAUUCAAUCAUGUUUUCUCACUCCAUGCCUGCAUCUUGGGGUUCGUCACCAAAUAAUCCUGACAAGGAUAUCUGUUUAAGAGAAAACAUUUUUACAUUUUACGUCGAAGAUUCUUUUUUUGUAGUCCAUUUUGUUUUUGAUCUAUUGUUGUAGUGUGUCAUUUAUAUUUCUAGUGUUUGUAUUUUUAGAAUUAUUUAUUGUGUGGUGAAAUCUGUCUGGCGACGCCCCUGGUUUGAACCCUUCUAAAAUUGUGAUAAUGUUCCCCUUUAGAUUAAUUUGCGCCCCGGCGGCAAUUCAAGGAAAUACGGUAUAUUUCACGAUGUUUCACCGAUCCCACUUUUGACCCAAGUCAAGUCCAAAAUUCAGUUUGAAUUGACAAAAGUGAAGUGAAUUAUAUUUAUAUAGCGCUUUUCUCUAGUGACUCAAAGCGCUUUACAUAGUGAAACCCAAUAUCUGUUACAUUUAAACCAGUGUGGGUGGCACUGGGAGCAGGUGGGUAAAGUGUCUUGCCCAAGGACACAACGGUAUAGUCUGCGGGCUAUAGAGCGUUUCCCGUUCGGGCUCCAGUACUCUGGAAUGCCCUCCCGGUAACAGUUCGAGAUGCUACCUCAGUAGAAGCAUUUAAGUAUCACCUUAAAACUCAUCUGUAUACUCUAGCCUUUAAAUAGACCUCCUUUUUAGACCAGUUGAUCUGCCGCUUCUUUUCUUCCUCCUAUGUCCCCCCCUCCCUUGUGGAGGGGGUCCGGUCCGAUGACCAUGGAUGAAGUACUGGCUGUCCAGAAUCGAGACCCAGGAUGGACCGCUCGCCUGUAUCGGUUGGGGACAUCUCUACGCUGCUGAUCCGCUUGAGAUGGUUUCCUGUGGACGGGACUCUCGCUGCUGUCUUGGAUCCGCUUUGAACUGAACUCCCGCGGCUGUUUUGGAGCCACUAUGGAUUGAACUUUCACAGUAUCAUGUUAGACCCGCUCGACAUCCAUUGCUUUCGGCCCACAUCUGAGGUCCUCUCCAAGGUUUCUCAUAGUCAGCAUUGUCACUGGCGUCCCACUGGGUGUGAGUUUUCCUUGCCCUUUUGUGGGUUCUUCCGAGGAUGUUGUAGUCGUAAUGAUUUGUGCAGUCCUUUGAGACAUUUGUGAUUUGGGGCUAUAUAAAUAAACAUUGAUUGAUUGAUUGAUUGAUUGAACGGCAGCGACUCGGAUGGCGGAAGCGGGAAUCGAACCUGCAACCCUCAAGUUGCUGGCACGGCCGCACUACCAACCGAGCUAUGCCGUGACAUUUUGAUGCUCCCUGCCUCGCUGUUUGAGUGACAGCGUCGCCAUGGCCAGCCUCAUCCUCCCCUCCAAUCAGCAGUGAGAGCCGUGGGCCCGCCCUGACCCCAAGGUGAGCUCAAGAGUCCGGGCGGGGGCCGGCCGGGUCCCACACGGUCCUCCGGCUGGCUCCGCGCGCGGCUCCACAUGGUGUUCAGGUCCCCUCUCGACUUCUUCUCCGCCUCCCGCCUCCUCCUGCCGCACCCGGCGGACCAUGGCUCGCCCGGACGCUCCCCGGAGGACGCCCCGGCCUCCUUCGCGCCCUUGUCCCUGCCGGGCCUCUGCUUCUCGGCGGCGCAGAUCGCCAGCGUGUGCGAGACCCUGGAGGAGACCGGCGACAUCGAGCGCCUCGCCCGCUUCCUCUGGUCGCUGCCGGCGACGGCGGACGGCCGCGACUCCAUCUCGGAGCAGGAGUCCGUGCAGCGCGCCCGGGCGGUGGUGGCCUACCACAGCGGCAGCUUCCGGGAGCUCUACCGGAUCCUGGAGACGCACCGCUUCACCAGAGCCUCGCACGGCAAGCUGCAGGCCAUGUGGCUGGAGGCGCACUACCGGGAGGCGGAGAAGCUCCGCGGGCGGGCCUUGGGACCCGUGGACAAGUACCGCGUCCGGAAGAAGUUCCCCCUGCCCAGGACCAUCUGGGACGGCGAGCAGAAGACGCACUGCUUCAAGGAGCGCACCCGCGGGCUGCUGCGGGAAUGGUACCUGCAGGACCCCUACCCCAACCCCGGCAAGAAGCGGGAGCUGGCCCACGCCACCGGCCUGACGCCCACGCAGGUCGGGAACUGGUUCAAGAACCGGAGACAGCGAGACCGAGCCGCGGCCGCCAAGAACAGGCUGCAACACCACCGGCUGCACUCUGACCAUCCACUGAGGGCGGGCACCUGCAGUCCACACCUGAGCGCCGAGCCAGCAGACGACCAAACUCUCCACUCAGUAACAGACAGUGACUCCGACUUGGAGGUGUGACAGCUUUCUUUUAUUGUGAAAGGACUUUUAGAACCCUUUGCUGCUGCGGACGGGAGCCAAGCAAAUAUUCUUGGCAAUGACGUGAUUGGUCGCCUUCUCAUUGGUGAUGACUUUUUGGAGACUGACCUUUGAACUAUGCAGACAAACUACUCACUUCCUGUCAACACUCGACAAUCAAUGCACACUCAACUUCCUCUUUUCACACUCCUCAACUUCCUUUCUUCCUACUCCCGCUUUUAUUUCACCUUCUUCUUCCCGCCCAGUCAAAUGUUUGCAGAUUUUAUAGAAAUAAAAAAGUAUUUAAUGCACUUCUGUGUUUUGGCAGUACACUGAUAUUAUUCAACACAGUACACUGUCUCCACAACAAGUACACUGAUAUUAUUCAACACAGUACACUGUCUCCACAACAAGUACACUGAUAUUAUUCAACACAGUAC